CCAGUCAUGUGCACUUGGAUUGGAAUCACUGUUUUAUUAGCAUAUUUUAUGUUCAAGUACAUUUAUUUACUGUGUGAUUAAAUGGCAACAGGGGCGACAUCGACUAGCUCUGUUUCGAAAGGAUGUUUUGUGAUCCAUCCCCAGAAAGUAUCGAGUUCGCGAAAGCGUAAAUCAGAAGGCAAAUAUGUAGGUUUUCCUCGCGUACCAGGCGAGUCAGACGAACACUGUCGUGCGAGACGUGAGAUCUAUACAGACACGUGGAGCAAGGUGGAAGAACUAGUUAGCUCAUUGCAUACCAACCUCAAUGAUAAAGUGUUUGGUGAUCUGCUGGAAUUCAUUAACAAAAGCGUUUCCAGUAAUAAGGUAUCAUAUGACUUGGCCUUGUAGUAGUUUAUAUCUAUCAUAGUAUCAGUGAUAUUUUCCAGGGGGAAUGCUGUCCUCCCACCUUUUUUACCAGGGGAACGGCAUCCCCCCUGCCAAAAUCAAAUGUGGGGGAACGCCAUUCCCCCUGGCAGGGAUUAAAUAUGAGUGAAGUUCAGUGAACAUUGUUUGACACCAUCCAAAUAAUUUUGACAUCACUUGUUCUACAUACGUGUUAUUUUUGGCAAUAAUUGCUCAGCGUCCUCCCUGAAACUUGAUAUACUUGCAUAAAAUUCUAGCAGACUAGCCCAAAAAUACGAGAGUCUGAUAAUUGACGUCCGCUUAGUUAAAUACUUACCAGUCAUAAGCGCGGAUAACGUUUCUCGCACAACUAAAUCGUGAAAUUAAACAUUCAAAUGGACAAUAAAAUGAACAAUGGGGACAUAAAAUGAUUCAAUAAGAACAUUAACAUGAUUGAAUGUAUAGGAUAAAAGGAUAUCUAUAUUUAGGGACCGGUCAUAAAGUAAUUACUAGAGAGGGGUGGAGGAUAAAUGAAAUUUCAAGAACAUAUUUCCAUACUCUACCAAAAACCUAUGGAAAAAUUUUGUAACCCCCUUCAAUGUAAGCGAAAAUUUUCAUGCACCCCCUUUCUAUCAAUAAUUCUGUUUUAACAUUUGUCUUGCGUUUAUCUAUAUUUCGAAACUCUCCAGUUUGUGAUAACUCUCCCACUUCUUGUAGUGGUAACCAUAUAUCUUCACUCAACAUUUUCCGCAGUCUCCGAUUCGUCACCAAUCUUUUCUGUUUCUGAUUCUGACAUACUAGCGAUGGGUUGAGAGUAAGAAAAAACAGAAAAAUUUCUUUUUGGUUUAUUUCAAUUUCGUACGCAGAGCCAUCUUUGAGCUCUGGGAAUGAGAUUGGGUUUAUUUCAAACAGAAAAAAUUUGCUUCCAUUCAGUGUGACACUUCCUCGUCAGGUUCUAAUAGUGCAAGCUUGCUAGCAUUGACAAUUCAGAUGUAUCAGAUUUGUACUCCAAACGUUCCACAGAUACUGAAUCCUACUUAUCAUCUGACAUUAGUAAAACAAUUCUUUCCAAGUUUAAAUUUGGGCACAAAUACAUUCAAUAUUCAACAAUAAUUAUAAAAACCCCCUCAAAGGUUCUGGAUUUUUUUCGUACCCCCAAAAAUUCCCUCCAUACCCCCUAGUAAAUACUUUAUGACCGGUCCCUUAUCUAAGCUUAUUUAGUACUUGCGAAAACGUCAUAUUCAACUUGCAAAGUCGCCUGUUUGCCGAGUUACUCACAUAGCACUAAUUGCAUCAUCGAAACUUGAAAGUCAACAUGGUUUUAUUUGCUUUUUGACAUCUACCACGCGCAAGCUAGGUGUUUUUUAGGUACAUAUUGUACUACGCAAUAGCUUAGUUUUUGAAGUGGAUUUAUGUACUUGUUCACUAUGACUAUGCAUGAGGCCAUGCCCAAUCGAGUGACUACGCCCAUUUGAUUUUCAAGACCAUCCCCCCCCCACUUCUAAAAUUAGCAAAACAUCGCUGCAUAGUAUGUAUAUUACACACGUAAAAAACCCACAGUCUGCCAACAAGUUGUGUUCGCACUGCUUGUCCCAAGUUUUCAACAAGUUUGGAACAAACUAUUAACAACCUUGUUGAUAUUAUCAGACUUGUUGCAAGAUUGUUCCAACAAGUCCAAUACAGUCAUGAUAUAACACUAUUGUUACAACCUUGUGUCAUCAACCUUGUAACAUCAACCUUGUAACAUUCUUGUUAUAUCAUGACUGUAUCAGACUUGUUAGAGCGACUUUGCUACAAGUCUGAUAAUUGCCAUCAAGCUUGUUACAAGUUGGUAACAGCUUAAUUGUUCCGAACUUGUUACAACAACUUGGAACAAGCAGUGCAAACACAACUUGUUGACAGCUUGUAAACAGAUUUGUAACAACUUGUUUGCAGACCUGUAACAACUUGUGAGUUUUUUACUGUGUAUAUGGCAGCUUACUGUAUGAAAUUUAGGGGGCUAGAAUUAACUCAGCAUAUUUCAAUGAAAUCAAUAAUAGAUGAAAAUUGACAUCAAUCUAUAUCAAUUAAUAAACUGCAAUUAUGCCCCCAAAUAGGGCGUAAAAAAAUACCUGUGGUUCCGGUUUCAUAUCGUGAAAAAAUUUGGGUCGGUAGGUCGGAAAUAAUUCGAUUCAUUUGAGAAGCCAUAUAAACAACUCGAGCUCAUGUCUCACCGGGAUAUCCAAACACCCGAAGAAAAUAGGGUCGCACAGUCAAUCACGUUGAAAAAAUAAUAGGGUCGGCAGAAAAAAAUAGGGUCGGUCAGGAACUGGAACCACAGGUAUUUUUUUUACGCUUAGUGAUUGACCGAUAAUCAGUAUCGGGCCAAUUUUUUCCUUUUCACUUUUCAGUAGAUUGACAAUCAAAAUCAGUAGAAUUAUCUGUAUUUCUGAUUGUGUAAAACCGAUUGUUGAGAAAAUGCACACUUUAAGAAUUAUAAUUAAACACAUAGGCGUACCGGGCGGGGGGGGGGAGCGGUAGUUUGUUGAGCAGUCGGGCAAUACUUGAUCAACAGUCGGGCAAUUUUGGUUUGUUAUAAAAAUAAAUGGGACAAAUUCUGUCAAUUUUGUCGAAAAUUCAUUUUGUGGCCAAUUUUGUGUUUUUUGGAAAAUUUGCCUGAUGUUACGAAAAAUUUUGUUAUGUCCGGAAAAUUUUUUUGACCCCUAAAAUGGUACACUGACCGAAAUUUUUUUGGCAACGGGGGGGUGGGUGGGGGGAAGUCGCCAAAAUAAUGUUUCCGGAAAAAAAUUUUCGGUACUAGUCGGGCAGAAUCCCGAAAAGUCGGGCAAUUUUCUAUCCACCCCCCUAAUUUUUUCCUUCCGGUACGCCCAUGAUUAAACAUUGCACUGUUGAUGUACUGUACACUUGUGAUCAACACAAUAUGUUACCAAAUGCAUGAAGUGUUGUGCUAUUCAUGAACAGUUUUAACGAACUUUGGUUGAAGUACGUAACAUGUUACAUUGGAAAUUAUUGUUAAAACAUUGAAAUGAAUGAUGUCAUAUGCAUUCACCUUUACUUGAUCAACUUACAUUAUGAUGUCACAGUCAUUAUGUAAUCGGUAUCGCAUCAUGCAGGUAGAUUGUUGCAUGGAUAAUUGGUAAUCAAUCACUACUCUCAAAUGUACCCAACUUUAUUAUUUUACUCUUGCUGUCUAAUGCCAGAUGAUUUACUUGUGAGGUGUCUUAUGCAUUAAUAGGUUAACAUACUAAAUUACCCACCAAUGUGUCUUGUUGAUCCAUUAACUGCCAUGCACUCAAAUGCACCAGACAAUUUUACUUGUCAAGGGGAGAGUCUUGCACAAUAACGGGUUAAUUAAUAUUCGUUUUGGGAAUUAACCCUUUAAAAAUGCUGUAAAGUCCGUAAUGAACUCAGUGCUACAGUUGUAAAAUAUGAUUAGAUAUAUAUUAUACUGAAUUUUUAACACUCUUCUGGUUUGCUAUGCUUGUAAAUGAAUAUAGACCAGAGAUUCAAUUCAAGAAAGUUCGGAAGGUUCAAAAUAUUAAUAACAUUCCAAUGGUCAGGUCCUGGCCAUUGGAAUAUAGGCCUGCGCAGUAUGUAUGUGCAGAACAGACUUUACAGCAUCUUUAAGUGGCAAUUAAUGCGCCCAGAUGCUCCCUACGUUAUUAUUUUACUCUGGCUAACACCAGACGAUUCUACUCGUCAGGGGGAGAGUGCUGCCUCAAUGGGUUAAUCAAACAAUCUGCCCAUGCACCCUGUUAACCCUUUAAGUGGCAAUGCGCCCAGAUGCGCCCUACUUUAUUAUUUUACUCUGUCCAAUGCCAGAUGAUUUUACUUGUCAGUGGGAGAGUGCUGCCACUCAAUGGGUUAAUGACCAAUAAUCACCGACUGGUAUUGUUGUGAACUUUCAAACUUGCUUGCCAAAACAUUGUGAAUAUCUGAUUCCUCUUCACUAGAUUUUCAUUUGCUUCUAUUUCGUUGUUUUGAAAAACGUCUAAUGAAUUCUGAUGUUGCUAAUUAGUUGAAACACAUUAUAGUCAAGCACCCAAUAGCAGAUCAAAAUUAAUAAAAAUUGAUGACAAUCAAUGAAAUUGGCCCAAGGUUUGUUUAAUAGUGACUAUCAAUUGGUCAUUGAUUGCACAAGAUAACUGUAAUAUAUAAGCUUUACAUUGAAUAAAUAAUUCGACAGAGUUAUAAUCUCACAAUUGUAUAGGAACUACAACACACACUGGGCUUGGCCUCCCUUGUUCGAGGCUCAACAAUGCACCCGUUGAUUUCAACCUGCAGAAGUAUAUGUGUAUACACAAACAAAUUAACCCUCAAUGACUCCAGAAAAUGCUUACAUGUUAUACCCCUUACCUCAUAUGGCCAAAAACACACUGAUCAUGCAGUUACCUAUUAAAUGUAUUUUAAAAAGGCAAAUAAAAUUUCAAACACUUGUUUUAAGUCACUCCCAUAUACACCCCCCCAUCCAAUGGCAAUGCCAAGGCCUAUUUGUAGCAAGGAUUUAGAUCCAUAAUACUAAUGUCAAUGAUCACCAUGCAUGCAUCAUCGCAAAUACGUAGCAUUUUUUCAAUUUUUUUGCAAAUACUUAAAAUAUUCCAAUUGCAAUGUAAAGAUUUGGGCUUAUAAAUUAAAGGCAAAGCGGUAGCUCAUAUAGUUGAAAUAAGUGAUAUUUUAGUAUUUUACUAUUCGUGCGCACUGCACAGUAAUGUACAGUAUCUAAAGCAAUACCUGCAAUGGACUUAAAUUCCCAAGAGCAGAAAAUCGUUCGCUUUACAAAGAUAUUUUUAUUUCUUCUCAAAUUCAUUAAUAAUUCAUGAGCAAUUCAGCCAAUGAUAAUCACCUAUUUGAUCACAAGAUGCCAUUUGGAUAACCCGGUGAAACUUGAUGAAAGUCACUAGUGUGAAUAGAAUUCCUAAUUACGUUAUGCUUAAGAAUUCUAUUCAAAUCAGCAAACGAAAACAUUCUGUUACGUCUCGAUUCAUUUGAGAAGCCAUAUAAACAACUCGAGCUCAUGUCUCACCGGGAUAUCCAAACACUCGAAAACAAUGUAUGAAAACACUCGCGCUUCGCGCUCGUGUUUUCAUACAUUGUUUUCUCGUUCAUUGGUUUCUCAUCAUACAUUGUUUUCUCGUGUUUGGAUAUCCCAGUGAAACACUCGCUCUCGUUGUUCAUAUAUUACUUCAAUACUCACAAUAUGCACCCUGUCAAUUAUAUUUUACGCAUCUUUGUGUUCAGUUUGAUGCUGAGGCGUUCGGGUUCUAGCGGUGCGUUGUUUCAGUGGUUUUGGGUUUUUUGGGACACCCUGUACAUACUGUGACUUUAAUUAAAAGGUCUAUGUUAGGAAGAGGAGGGGCAUCAUACAAUGCACUUUACGUCCUGUUUGUACCUUGUCCGUUUGAGUACAGCACUUUUUAAUUGCAUGUUUAGAUGAAUAUUUGUUGAAUUAAUUUGUACUCAAUAAAGUUUAAUUAACAAACUCAAGUCCGUUUUCCGAUAGGCAAAUUUGUUUGCGCGAAGAUAUAUAUAUAUAUAUAUAUAUAUAUAUAUAUAUAUAUAUAUAUAUAUAUAUAUAUAUAUAUAUAUAUAUAUAUAUAUAUAUAUAUAUAUAUAUAUAUAUAGUAUAUAUAUAUAUAUAUAUAUAUAUAUAUAUAUAUAUAUAUAUAUAUAUGUUAGUUGUGUAAUUGUACACUCUGUAAUAUGUUAAGAUGAAAAUGUUCUAGAGUGUGUAUUAUAUAAUUUCCAUACCCAGCGCAAGCAGAAAGAUGUUGAGUAUAUGGAAAUUAUAUAAUACACACUCUAGAACAUUUGGCAUCUUAAUAUAUAUAUAUAUAUAUAUAUAUAUAUAUAUAUAUAUAUAUAUAUAUAUAUAUAUAUAUAUAUAUAUAUAUAUAUAUAUAUAUAUAUAUAUAUAUAUAUAUAUAUAUAUAAUAUUUAGUAAAAGAAAAGCUACAAGAUGAAUGAUUAUCCCUUUUCUUUUUUUAAUCUUAUUUUUUUCUAUUUUAAUGUUUUUCUAUUUUCCAGCGUUGCAGAGUGAAAAAUGAAAUUCCAACAGGCGCGUUUAUUACUGGAGUUAACAUGCCUGAUCAUGAUGCCAUUUUCUCGCAGUUACAAGAUAAUCUGUUGAAAAUCACGCCGUAUGUUUCUCGCCUGUGCUCUAAAAGCUGUCCAAACAUAAAGUUGAUUGUGAAAGAAGCUACAAGCCAAAUCAUGGAAACAGAAUAUUGUGUAGAUAAGGAAGUUGAGCCCGAGUUUGCUAAGUUCAACCCUCGCAAGGGAAACAUAACGUUUGGUAUUUUUAAACAGUGGUAUGAAUUGCGAGAAGCUGGCAAAGGCGAUGAAAAACGACCCGUUGUGUUUAUCCUCGAAGAUUUUGAAAGUUUUCAACCCAAGGCUCUUCAGGACUUCGUUACUAUUUGUAGUCUUUAUGUCGAUAAAUUACCGAUUGUACUGUUGUUUGGUAUUGCCACAAUUCCUGCCGUUAUCCACCAGCUUUUACCCCGUUCUAUUUCUUCUUGCCUCUGUAUCGAAAAAUUUCAUGCUCAGGCAGCUAUAACCUACCUUCUGGAAGUCAUAGACCGUAUCUUCAUAUCCCCAGAGUUUGCCUUCAAACUUGGUCCCAAAGUUUUUCAAUACCUAUACGAGAAUUUCCUUUUCCACGAUUUCUCCCUGCAGAAUUUUAUAUUCGGUCUCAAAUUUUCUAUGAUGGAUCACUUCUACGGCAACCCGCUUAGUGUCUUAUGUUCCAAGUCGAAUAUCGAUGCCAUUGACGAAUUUUCUCACGAACAGUUAGAAAUCGUACGGAAGUCUUCAUCAUUUCGAAGAUAUGCCGAACAACAGGAUCGAGAAGAGCUUCGUUUGUUGUUACUGGAUAAUGAACAUACUAUUAAAGUUAUCUCUGAAAAGCUGGAAGACAUGAAUUCCUAUCAUCAUCAUUUCUUUCCUGUGCUACGAUGCCUUGCUUCUUUGGUUGCCAAACUUCCAGGUUAUCCAAUGGGAAAGAAAUGUCGUGAUGUUUAUGAGCACUGCCUUAAAACAAGUGUUAAGGAGUUAGAUGUCUACCAUCAAGCUAUGAAGAUGGCAGUUUUUCUUGCGAAAGAUGAGUUAGUUCCAGUUCUAGAGAAAUGUGUUGAACUUCUUAACUCCGCCAUUAAGAAACAGGAAGCGAUUUGUGACGAUUUUGAUGAGUACGUGCAAGCCCUGAAGACUGCAUUGUUGAAAUUUGAAGAACUUUCUAAGCAGAAUGCUUCCAUGACCUUUGCUACUUUUACCGAAGCCUCCCCCAAAAUUGUUUCCUCGAUAACAAACAGAUUUGAAUUACAGGAGAAACUUAAAAACGCUGUCUACAACCGAAAGAAAGAGUCGCCUUUCGAGAAAACAAGGGAAAGUGCAAUUUCCACACUUGACAAGAUGUUUCAAAAGUAUCUUUCCUGCCCUGCAGAGCAGACGUUGCAUGAAAUAUUCUACUAUGACCAAGCAGAAACCGUGAAGCAGCGUCUUAGCGGACAUCCACGUGUUGCUAUUCAGACAGCGUUAAACAAUCCGCGUUACUAUAUGAAUUGCUCAUGCUGUGAUAUUGAGCCGGGUUCUAUUCAGGAUACCUUACCAGAUAUAUCAGUGGCAUUCAAACUACAUCUGGAGUGUGGUAGACUGAUCAACCUUUACGACUGGCUUCAAGCUUUUAUGACCGUCACUGAACCUCCUGCCAAAGCGAAGAAGAAAGCAAAGAAUGACGAACAGCAGACGUUACAAGCGCGGUUUAUCCAAGCUGUAUCGGAACUACAAUUUUUAGGAUUCAUCAAGGCUACCAAACGGAAGACUGACCAUGUAGCUCGAUUGACGUGGGGUAGUUGUUAACUCCGCUGUAAAUGAACUCGCAGACGUAGGACAGCAACAUCUUUACUUUAUAUUUAAUUACCUUGGCUAUGCACUGUUCUAUUACUAACAAUGUGCAUUACAAGUUUUCAAUUCUGAUUAGAAAUUUUCCAAAAUGGUGGUACUGUACCUGUAUUUCUACUAUAUGCUAUGAAAUUACUAACAGCUUGUUUGUGUGUGCAUGCCCACGAUCAGUGACAUUGAAAGGUGGGAUUGAAACGUUAUUUUUGUAAAUAAUUAUGCAAAUUAACUUCUAAAACCCCCCAACCCCAGUUACAUGUUGCUGGGAAUCAACAAAACAAUAGAACAUAAACAAACCACUUUAGUUAAAAUUGUCAAUCACCAAUCUUCAUAUAAAGUGUAAAUUUUAGUCUAACUACACUGAACAGGAGGGAAGGGGGGUAAUGAUACUGCCUCAGACUAACCAGUCUACGAAUUUUGUCUGUGAUUGUAGAUAGCAAUAGACUUCUAGAUAUUUCUCGAAUAUGAACUGUCACCGAUGUCGAAGCUUGCAAUGUAAACUACAAAUUUACGAUGGAUCAGAUUGUACGCCUGGCAUUUGAGCUUUUGCGUCCUGUGCAACCAGACAAUUCGUGCCGAUUAAUCUCUAACGUUGGGCGGUAUUGAAAUUUCAAUACCGGUUACGGUAUUUUUAAAACAUCGCAGUAUACCGUUAAAUCUUUUAAGGAAACGUGUGACCUACAUCAUGAAUAACC